GUUUUCAGGUGUUCAGAUUCCCUUAAUUUCAGUUUUUAAUUAUCUGAUUUUUCUGUUUGUCAGUAACAGUGCAUAUCUCUGCAGCAGGACAUUAAAAUUGUAUCUAAUAUUUAUUUUCACUCGUAUCAGACGUCAAGUUGGGAAUUAAGUCUAUUUCACAAGUCUAUUUACAUUUACAAUGGAUGAACACAAUGAGGAAAUGCAUGCAGAGAGCCCUGUUGUUUUAAUUCCAGAAUUGUGUAAGCAGUUCUACAAUCUAGGAUGGGUCACAGGAACUGGUGGAGGGAUUAGUAUCAAAGAAGGGGAUCACAUUUACAUUGCCCCCUCAGGCGUUCAAAAAGAAAGAAUGCAGCCCAACGAUUUGUUUUGUCAGGAUAUCCAUGGAAAUGACAUCAAGCUUCCUCCUGCUGAGAAAAAACUUAAGAAAAGUCAGUGCACUCCUCUGUUCAUGAAUGCAUAUAGAGAUCGCAAUGCAGGAGCGGUGAUACACACUCAUUCAAAAGCAGCAGUGAUGGUGACUUUAUUGUACCCAGGUCCUGUUUUUCGGAUUACUCAUCAAGAAAUGAUUAAGGGUAUCAGAAAUGAAGCUAAAAAUUGCUACUACAGAUAUGAUGAAGAGUUGGUUGUUCCAAUAAUUGAAAAUACGCCUUUUGAAGAGGAUCUCAAAGACUCAAUGGCACAGGCAAUGAAACAAUACCCUGAAACUACGGCAGUUCUAGUUAGGAGACACGGAGUAUAUGUUUGGGGAGACACAUGGAAACAAGCCAAAACACAGUGUGAAUGUUACGAUUACUUAUUUGAAAUUGCGGUUCAAAUGAAGUCCUUCGGAAUAGAGCCUCAUGAACCUCCUGCUGAAGUGAACAAAACGAAGUAAUCUUAGUCAUUGAGCUUUGUGAAGAUGUCUCACCAUAGCUACGAUACAAAAACGAUAACUUCCAAAAACCCUCAAGAAGGGUAAAUACCACAUCAAUGCUGUGACAUCUCAGCACAAAAUUAUAUUUACGUACCUAUGAGGACCUUUCCAGAAAACGAGCAGAUGGGCGUACUUCCCUUUUUCCGGAAAUUGCAGAAGUGGUUUCUUCGUAUCUUAGUGUAUAUGUCCCAAGCAAAUAGUAAAAUCAGGCAUUUCGUUAAAUGCCCAGGCAAA